AGUUACCACUGCGGUGGAGUGUGUCCGACUUUCACUUUCCCGAUCUGAUUAGUCGGACAAUAUGUCGUUCUUACGUCCGCCCGCAUUAGGAUAUGUCCUCAGAUCUUUGUGUAUCUUUGCUGCACUAACAAGGAACUGAAAUGAGAUUUGCAUUAUGGGGUGACGUGUUGCUAAUAAAAUACUAUAGGCGUUUGAUGUGGAUCUAUUUAUAGCUACAACACAACAACAGAUUAAGGACGGAUUUGAAUCUUACGAGCGGUUACCCCCGACGACAUUGGCGUUCAAGCUUGUUCAUGUAGGUGCAUGUGCACGUGAUCUAUAUCAUACUACCAUGGAUAUAUCAAAUACGGAAUCACAAGAGUCUGUGUGUACAGAUGGUGCAGUACUGCGACAAACAGGAAGUGAAAGUCGAGGUAGACUGCCUGGAGUCGAUAAUCAGCCGACCCCAGAGAAGGACAACCUGACUAGGAGGUUGAGAACAUUCGCAAAUUGGACUGGGAAGAUUAGAGCAGUAACACUAGCCAUUGCCGGGUUCGUGUUGAUCGGACCCGGGGACAAAGUGGAGUGUGACACCUGCAAGGUCAAACUGUACAACUGGACGGAGAAGGACGUGCCUCUUGACGCACACAGGAAACAUUCUCCAGACUGCAGCUUCCUCAAUAAGUGGUUUCCUGUGGUCACGCCUAAGAUACGGUCUGGGUAUGACCUUGCAAAGGCAAAGUAUAGCAGCUUCGCUGACCAGGUGAAGAGACUUGGCACAUUUGAAGCAUGGCCCCUUAAACUGGAUAUUCAUUCUCCUCAAAACAUGGCUGCCGCCGGGUUUUUCUACAUUGGUUCUGCAGACCGAGCUCGGUGCUUCUACUGUGGGGUGACAUUAAGGGACUGGGAUACUGGUGAUGAUCCGUUCGAUGCACAUCUCCAGUGGUCUCCUAGAUGUGAGUACAUACAACACACCCACAACAGCAAACAGGGGAACGAAAUUGACAUGCGUGAACAGGAUCCUGGACACGCUGGAGCGUCUUGUGCACCUGGUGUAGUUGUUGCAAACCUUGGAUCCAGCAGGGACAAAGACGGACCUGGAACUGGAUGUCCCACAAAGAAUCAAGGACACGCAGGUAGUCCUCCGAGUAAACCCAGGAACUCUCCACAGGUGGAGGCAGUGCUUGCCAUGGGCGUCUCGGAGGAGCUAAUUCGACAAGCUAUUGCAUCAAGGAAGCAGAACAGAGGGGAAGACUUUCCUGACGCCACGUCAUUGUUUCUGGCGGUGGAAGACUUGAUGUAAAACUCUCGAGACGAUGCAUUUUCAGCUUCAGAGCCGUGUCAGAAGAAUGUUGAUAUUAAUUAACUAGAUGUUAAUUUAGAAUUACUUCCUUAAUUCUACAAUGUUUAAUAAGGAUAUACAAUACUGGUAGAUAUAAGCAUAUAAAUAUAUUCAGAUGUUAGGCUUGAGUUCAUUCGAACCGCAUCCGAUGUUUGUAUGGUAAAUUUACCUUGUUACUUUGUCAUGUGGGUGUUGUUUUAUCGGUUUUUAUUUGUUUUAAUUGUUUUGGAAUACUUUAUGUACUACAGGUGGCGCAGAUGUACUCGCCUAGGUGACCGGGCCACAUUAUUUUGCGAAUACUACUACAUGCAGUAAGAACUAAGAUUUCACUUCUCCUGGAGGAACCUGCAUACAUCUGUAGUAAUUAUAUUAUCUGAUAUGUAUUGUGAAAGCAAACAAUACCAAUCUACAGUAAUCCAAUGUGUGGCCAUAUAACAUAAAUGUGACGCUUUGUCUAUGCUUCGAUACUGUUUGAAACUGUAAAUGACUUAGUGAAAGAGUGUUUAUAGCAUUUAAGCGUUUUAGCUAUGUUGAUGUGUAUUUGCCAUUUUAUUGAUAGCAGAAUAAGGGUGCCUAACUACGUAAUUAUUUCGAAAAUUAUUAGUUUUAGGGCAGACAUUCAGAUUCCUUUUUCAAGACUUUUUGUUUCGAUGUUAUCAUUGCAAACGAAGGUAUUUACACUUCUGUAAUGAUUUACUAACAGGACAAAUUAGCCUUGAUAAUUGCUCUGAUUUCGCAUGUUCAAAACCACCUAUCUCCUGUACCUGAUACCUGACGUUCUGUGUGUAGUAAAGAUUGUUUAUAAUUUGCUCGCAUAGAGUUUGUAUUUUUAAUAAUUGCACGGAUAUGAUUUAUCAGUUUUUGCAUAAUUGAUAGAGACAAUGACUGAUCGUUUUCAAUAAUACGCAAUAGAAUUAAUAAAACAUGUUUUAACGUUUA